AUGGCAAUUCCUUGGUAUAUCCCUCACAAGAGACAUAUUGUUGAUACUAAUGAAUACAAAAAUGACAAAGACCAUGACUCUAUGUCCCGAAAUAGUGAUGUAUACCCAGUUUUAACUACUACUGAAGGCAAAUCGUACAAAAUCAAGGAGUUUAGAGAUGAAGCCAAGAGACCUUGGUGGAAAUUCUUUGAUGAAUUCGAGUAUCGUGAUUCAACACAAUUGACAAACCAACGGAAAUGGUACCAAUGGUUUGAACCAGGGGCAACCCCCCAAGAAAAGAAGCUUAUCCUUAAGUUAGAUUUUUUGAUUGCCUUUUAUUCCUUCUUGGCCUAUUGGAAUAAAUAUUUGGACUCAGCUAAUCUUAAUAACUCCUACGUUUCUGGAAUGAAGGAGGAUUUGAAUAUGAAAGGCAAUGAUUUAAUAAAAACUCAAGUUUGCUUUACUGUUGGUAACAUCAUUUUCGAACUUCCAAUGAUGUAUAUUCUUCCAAGAUUGCCUAUCAACUAUGUAUUGCUUAUUAGUGAAAUGGGUUGGUCAAUAUUCACCAUUUUUUUGUUUUCAGUAAAGAACCUUUCUCAAUUACAAGCUCUAAGAUUCUUUGUUGGGGCUUUUGAAGCAGCUUAUUAUCCUUCAAUCCAUUAUGUAUUGGCCAGUUGGUAUAAACCUACAGAAAUAUCUAGACGUGGUGCUCUUUUCUUUUCAGGCCAGUUCUUAGGAGUAUUAACUGCUGGUCUCAUACAAGGCUCUGUAUAUGAUACCCUUAAUGGAUACAAUGGUAUGAGUGGUUGGAGAUGGUGUUUUUUGAUUGAUGGAAUUAUUUCCGUGGCAAUUGCUCUUGUUGGAUUUCUUAUGAUUCCCGGGACCCCAUUCUCCUGUUAUUCUAUAUGGCUCACCGACGAGGAGAUCUUACUCGCUAGAAAACGCAUGCAUGAUAACGGCAAUGAUAUUUCAACUUCUACAAAAUCUUUUUUCAACAAGGAAGACUGGAAGAAAGCUCUUGGUACCUGGCAUGUUUAUUUAUUAUCAAUAAUUCAAAUCCAAGGAUUCAAUUCCAACAGUGCAUCUUCUGGGUCAUUUCUUUUAUGGCUUAAGUCCUUAAACAGAUACUCGAUUUCAAAGAUUGAUAAUUUAGGUGCUGUACCCCCAGCAGUUGGGAUUUUUUACGUGUAUUUAGUAAGUUUUGGAGCCGACUUCACUCACAAAAGAUUCGGGUUUACGAUCUUUUCAUUUCUCAUGAAUUUCAUAGGGAAUGUGAUUCUUGCAAUAUGGGAUGUCAAGGAACUGGCUAAAUGGGUUGGGUUCAUGUUUGCUUACUGGUCUUGGUCUCAAUCUUCAGUAUUCAACACUUUAAUUAGUGAUUUCUUUCGUCGUGAUAAUAAUGUUAGGGCAAUUGCCUGGAUGAUUCAAUAUAUAAUUGGGCUCCAGUCUACUGCCUGGAUGAGUUACAUUCAAUUUCCUACCGUCCAAAGUCCUCGCUUCCAUCGAGGGUUUCUGAUGUGUGCUGGUUUUUCCAUGGGAUUCGUUAUCUGCUUUAGUUUUGCCUACCUUCUUUAUAAACGUGAUGAGCGUAGAGAGGCACUAGAGAAUGGAAUUUAUCUCUAUAAUAGUGAAAAGGAAGAAAUACCUGAUUUCGUCAGAGAAAACUUCCAUAAAGCAUAUCCAGAUAAAGAAUCUCUUGAGGAACAAAUAUAUCCAGAAAAGCAGUUAAUUGAGGAUCAAGAUAUUAAGAAAUCUACUUUGUCUAGCAAAGAAAAUUUAGAUUAG